AUGUUCCCCGGUUGUCAUCAUGCAUACUGUCUUUAUCAUCUACAGUUUAACUUGAAGGAUCACUUUCGUGGUCGGUUUAGGAAAGGUUUUCGGAACAGGCUCGUAGAAUUGUUCAACAAAUGUGCAUAUGCUUUAUCGGUGUCGGUUUACAAAGCUGCGGAGGAAGAUUUUUACCAAUUUGGUGGGGAUAAAGCUAGGACCUGUAUUGCGAGUGUCCCUAAAGAGCAUUGGAGUAACGCAUAUUUUAAAGGUCAACGGUACGGUGAGAUGAGCUCCAGUGCUGUGGAGUCGUUUAACAACUGGAUUCUUAAAGCUCGUGAAAUGCCUGUUUUUUAUUUAGUUGAUGAACUUCGUCGCAAAAUUAUGAAGCAAAUGGCAGGUAGGAGAGUAAAGUCGAUGAAAUGGAAUUCAGUUAUUUGUCCGAAUAUGGAUAAGAAGUUAGCUCGCUUUAUCAAUAAAGGAAGGUUGUGGAGGAUCAUUAUGUCGAAGGGUGGUUUGUACGAGGUGCGUUGUCUUCCCCCGAAGGUAGUGUCUGUUGAGGAAAGGACGUGCUCUUGUGGUCAAUGGCAGUCUACCGGUUUCAUGUGUAGGCAUGCUGCAACGGUUAUUAUAAAAGCUUGCGGAGGGGAAGGAACUUUGGUGGACCACAUGGAUCCAUUAUACCUUGUCGAUGCGUAUCGGCGUGCAUAUGAAGAACCCAUAUAUCCAGUUGUAAAGAGUGACAUUCUUGAUUUUACAAAUGAAGGUGACCAGGUUAUAAACCCUCCAUGGAACAGGUGGCCAGCAGGUAGGCCCAAAGUUAAACGCAUUCAUUCAAGGGGUGAAGAGUCAUAUACUAGGCCAAAUAAAUGUGGGAGGUGCCACAAGGCUUCAAAGCACAACCGAAGAACAUGCAAAGAGCCAAGCGAUAUAUGA